AUGGCCGAUGAGGAGGUAGCCGCCGUGGGCCAGCAGCUAGGCGAGUUGGCCGUGGAGGAGGAGGAGCUCACGCUGGACCUCGGAAAGAAGAAGAAGAAGAAAUCCAAGAAGGUGGACGAGGCGGCAGCGGGCGGCGAGGGGGAGGAGGGCGCGGGGCCGGCGCCUGCAGAGGAGGAUGAGGACAUGGAUCUGUCCCUCGACCUCUCAAAAAAGAAGAAAAAGAAGAAGAAGGUUCGCAGGACGGGGCCGGAGAGGGGACAAGGGGGCCCGCGCUGA